UUGCAGUAUGCCAGUGUUGAGAAGGAUGGCGAGCAUUACAUGACCCCAGAAGAUUUUGUGCAAAAAUACCUAGGACUUCAUACAGAUCCGCGCUACAAUCCUAAAACAGUGCAGCUGUUGGCUGGAGUGGCAGAUCAAACAAAGGAUGGGUUGAUUUCCUAUCAAGAAUUUUUGGCAUUUGAAUCUGUUUUGUGUACUCCAGAUGCAAUAUUCAUUGUUGCUUUUCAGUUAUUUGACAAGAGUGGCAAUGGAGAAGUAACAUUUGCAAAUGUCAAAGAAAUAUUUGAACAAACUAUUAUUCAUCUUCAAAUCCCCUUCAACUGGGACUGUGAGUUCAUUCGCCUGCAUUUUGGACAUAACAGGAAGAAGCACCUUAACUAUUCAGAGUUCACUCAGUUUCUUCAGGAGCUGCAGUCAGAACAUGCAAGACAAGCCUUUGCAUUGAAGGACAAAAAUAAAAGUGGUAUGAUAACUGGGCUGGACUUCAAUGACAUCAUGGUUACCCUUCGCUCGCAUAUGCUGACUCCAUUUGUGGAAGAAAAUUUAGUUUCAGUAGCUGGUGGAACUGUUUCACAUCAGGUCAGCUUCUCCUAUUUCAAUGCAUUUAAUGACCUUUUGAAUAACAUGGAUCUUGUUAGGAAGAUAUACAGUAAUAUAGCAGGUACAAGAAAAGAUGUUGAAGUCACAAAAGAGGAGUUUACCCACUCUGCAAUCCGAUUUGGACAAGUUACACCACUGGAAAUAGAUAUUCUCUACCAACUUGCAGAUUUAUACAGUGUUACUGGGCGCUUAACUUUGGCAGAUAUUGAGAGAAUAGCACCGCUGGCUGAAGGUGCAUUACCUUACAACUUGGCAGAACUCCAGAGGCAGCAAUCUUUUGGAGAGUUAGGCAGGCCUAUCUGGCUCCAGGUAGCUGAGUCAGCUUACAGGUUCACUUUGGGCUCGAUUGCUGGAGCUGUUGGUGCUACUGCGGUGUAUCCCAUAGACCUGGUGAAAACUCGUAUGCAGAAUCAGCGCUCCUCUGGUUCAGUUGUAGGAGAAUUGAUGUAUAAAAACAGCUUUGACUGCUUUAAAAAAGUUUUGCGUUUUGAAGGCUUUUUUGGUCUUUACAGAGGCUUGUUACCACAGCUGAUAGGUGUUGCUCCAGAAAAGGCUAUUAAGCUAACUGUUAAUGACUUUGUCAGAGACAAAUUUACUAAGAAAGAUGGUUCCAUUCCACUCCCUGCAGAGAUCCUUGCUGGAGGCUGUGCAGGAGCUUCCCAAGUCAUCUUCACUAAUCCACUGGAGAUUGUAAAGAUUCGGUUGCAGGUAGCAGGAGAAAUUACUACAGGACCCAGAGUCAGUGCCCUCUCUGUUAUAAAAGAUUUAGGCCUUCUUGGUCUUUACAAGGGUGCCAAAGCAUGUUUCCUCAGAGACAUUCCCUUUUCUGCAAUCUACUUUCCUGUUUAUGCUCAUAGUAAACUGAUGCUUGCUGAUGAAAAUGGCCAUGUGGGAGGGCUUAAUCUCCUUGCAGCUGGAGCCAUUGCAGGUGUGCCUGCUGCUUCUUUGGUAACCCCUGCUGAUGUCAUCAAGACAAGACUGCAAGUGGCGGCUCGCGCUGGUCAGACAACAUACAGUGGAGUUAUUGACUGCUUUGGAAAGAUUCUAAGGGAAGAGGGCCCUUCGGCUUUUUGGAAGGGAGCUGGAGCUCGCGUGUUCAGAUCUUCACCCCAGUUUGGUGUUACUUUGGUCACUUACGAACUUCUGCAGAGAUGGCUUUAUGUCGAUUUUGGAGGCCUCAAACCUUCUGGAUCAGAACCUACCCCAAAAACUCGAAUUUCAGAUCUUCCUCCUGUUAACCCCGAGCACAUCGGUGGAUACAGACUCGCUACAGCUACAUUUGCUGCUCCAAAACUGGACCGUGUGGCUCCCAGGAUGAUCAUUUGCAGCUUCUAGCACCACUGUUGGUCUCUUAGUGUUGCAGGUAUGAGUUUUACAACAUUAAGCCAUAUUCAACUGUUUUGUGAGGGAGGAACACAAGCAGGAAUCAAUACAGAAUAGUUUUGUUGAAAAUUAGUAAAAGGUUGACAUUAUGUAAGACUAAAUGCUGUAUGACCUAUGUGUUACAUCACAAUCCAUUGAUUGUGGAUUUCUGAAAAUAUGCCUGAAGGAAAUGUAUUAUUAAAUGAGAAAUAACAAACUCAGUAAAAAAAAAAAGAAAAAAAAAGUCAAAACAAACAAAAAACCCCUCAAACCAGCAAGACAACAGAACAUUCUGCUCAUUAAGAAUUCUUGUGCCUAAAGGGUAAAAACCAUCACAUGAUGCACCUGUUCUUGAUACAGUUCAUGUUUCUCAAUCGAACAGAUAGCUGCUGUCGCAAGGCUUAGGAAAAUAUACAAGGCAAACAUCAAACCGAACAACAGGACUUCUCACUGAAAAGAGGGGGGGCUUUUGACAAGCCCCCACCAGUGGAAGCCUAAAACACAUUUCACUUUCAAACCCACUGAAAGAGAGAACCUCCUGAAGAUGGAACUGCUGGUACUGCUGCCUGUGUCUCUGAGCUGCUCGUAACAGAACCGAGACAAGGAGAACUAGGAAAAAAAACCACCCUCACAAAACAACAAAACCUUAAAACACCAACAAUGAAGAAACAAUAGUAGUCCUGGCCAAAAAUCUGAUUAAUGAAUAUAAACUUAUUUCCUACUUUUAAGCAUAUAAAACAACUCUUCUGGCAAAAUGCUAAGCUUGUAGCAGAUUAAGAAUACCAGAAACAAACCUAAAGUCCUAAGGUAAAGGCAUCAGUACUGGUUUAGUGCCUAACAAGUAUAAGUCAGCAUAUUUACUAAAAAAA